CGUGCAAGGCCUAUGUAAGACCGUGCCGUGAACACACCGUAGUCGUGCAACCACACAAUAUUGCAUUGGUAACAACUCAUUGUCACAACCAUAGACGUUGACCGCCGUAGUUAUGAUUAGUUAUUAUUUAACCGAGUGGAAAGCUGCGUGCGCGGUACGCUGCAAAUUGGAAGAAUGCCAACAUUGAUAACAUACCGUGAUACUCUACGCAUACGAACCCGGCGUACGUAAACGCGCAUCAUGACAACUUUGGAGAACUAUCAACUGCUCCACCCGGAGUUGUUGACGGAGGACGCUCUAAUUCAAGUGCUGAAGGAAAGAUGCGUCGAAGAACCUCAGUUAAAAUCAGCAACGAGGAAUGAACUCGUUGAAUUAUUCAAACGAGUCGCUCUGCCGCUACCGCAAAGAACAUUUGACAACAGCACGCAUAUGGGCAGAAAAUUAAUGAGCUUGCAGAAAAGAAUGGAUAAGCGAGGAGCGAGUGCGGUAAAAAUUACCUCAACGUCUGAUGGUCCGUCCAAUGUUGGAUCAACACUUAGAAAUAAUGAUUGUAAUUCGAUGCACGCUGGGAACGUUAAUAGCAGACUGAAACCACCACUCGAGAUUAUAGGUAGUAAAACGAAGAAAAUCCGUCUGUCUAAAUCACCGAUAACUCCAAAGGCACUUGGCCAAAAUACCAAACAAAAACGUAAAGAGGUAAGGAAAGAUUUCACCAGAACCGUUAGGUUGUAAAAAGCGGCAAAGAAUUACAUGGCCUUGACACGUGUCAAAUCUGCAUACGCAUAGGAUAUUUUAUUUGCUGAUUAUAGAUGAAAGAAGACAGCAGAACACAAUCGCAGUCACAUCACCACAGUGUAUAAUUCAAUUUUAAUAGAGAAUGCUGUAACAAAUCUGUGUUUCUACAAUAAAAACUGAUUUUCACAGGUCA